ACCCAAGUACUUCCCCCUUUUUGAACACUUCAGUUCCCCUAGUCAGAGUUGCUUCGAGCUAGGGUUCCACAAGUUCUUUUCUUCUCAUCUUCUCCACCGUGCGCCAUCCCUCUCUUCCUCCACCAUCAAUGGCGGCGUGUGUUACAAAUUCCGACGCCUUCUUGAUCUCUUCCCCGUCGUCCAAUCUCAUGAUUACCAUUUACGAAAUACUGGCGGUUGGCAUGUUUGACUGAACUGGGUUACAUCUUCCGUUCGUUAGAUGAUAAGUGUGUGACAGGAAUUUUGACGAAGGAAGGUGCUUCUAAAAAAUCUCAGCAAGCAGGAAGCUUUCGGAAACCUCAAGUUCUCAGUCGGCACAGCUUUGGAACUACAUAAUUCCUUCUCAUUUCUCAUCGACACUCCCACGCCACCACACACUCAGUUCUUCAUUCAGUCAGACUUUUUAACCACAGAAAAUAACGUAAAUGUAUAAGAAGAAGAGAGAAGCCGAUAGAGGAGGAGGGCCCUCAAGAGGCGGGACCGACACCAUGGACGAAGAGAUGGACUUCAAGAAGAUCAUGAAGGACAUUGAGCUUUUCAGCUCCUCACAUAUGACUUGGAAAGAGAGAAAGGAAAUUGAGAACAGGAAGAUAGUUGCAUUGGGUGGAAAGCCUCCUAAGAAGCAUAGACUACCCCUUAGUGUAGCACGACCCAUGAUGAAGAAACAAAAGGAAAGAGAGGAGAAAAUGCUACAAGAGCGUUUAGUUCUCGCACAAUUUGGGGGCAAGCAUGGUGGCAGUGCUAAAGGAUUUGUGGGGAGACGCAAGCCUGAGGACAGAGUUUUGAAAGCAAGUGAAGGUAUUUUUAGAAACGGUAUACUUGAUGUAAAACAUUUGCUACGACCGACCCCAUCUAGAGACGAUGCUUCUGAAACUCAUAUGGUGGCUAAAAGAAAAAAGAAGGGAGGUGGAAAGACGAAUCGAGGUAAAAAGAAGGGCGGUGGUAAGAAGCACUACUAGUUGCAUUGCAAUAUGGGAAAUCUUGACAAUGGAAACAAAAUUAGUUGUCUGUCUACCUCGGAUAUCCUCAUGAUUCUUGGGGAUCAACCUAUGCUGUUAAUAGAAUCAUUGUCCUCCAUUGUUGCCAACGGAGACUUUUAGAUUGAGCCUUGUUUUUUGGUUUUGAGCAUUUUCAGUUUUCAAGCAAUUUGUAUCACAGAAGAGUCGGUGUAGGAAUUGCCCAUUUCUGUAUUGGUAGAUCUCUAAAUUUGAUCGAGACUCUAAUCUGGAUGAAUGUAAUCUAUUGUCGGAUUGCCCUGUUACGUUUGGACAAUCCCACUUUUUACUACCUGAUACGAAUAUAUUUCUGAUCGAGGUUCCAUUGUCUA